GCGUGGGAAAUUAAAUCAGCGCCCAGGCGCAGAUGUACCAGUCGCCGUUCGAGAAAGUUCUGUUCAUCCUGUCACAUGAUGCCACCACCGAUUAGCGUACGCGAACUUCAACCUUCGACAAUCUGUCUAAAAGCAAUGCACUUCUGUAUGAGGUCUCCUUGAAGCUGUCUAAUGGUCUUGUACCAUUCCAACCCGUCUUCAUGAACCAGAACGAAGGGCGCGGAGCUCUCGGGGUUCGCUUGUCAUUGGGACAAGCAAGCCGAGAGCCUCGAGUUAUCCAGAUCGCCUGUUGUCAAUCCCCAAAUUGUCUAGAGUGCCGAAGAAGUCGACUUAUCGAUCCAUAUUACUUUCGUGUAUCAUGCCGGUUGUCAACAUUUCUACAGCAAGAUGUCGCAGACUUGAGUGAAGAGCAGGGCGCACCUCUUGAAGCGGACCAGAACAGCCUUUCGAUUCAUAACGAGCUUGAUAAAAUGGCCCUUCACCGAUAUCUUGACAUUCUUUGGCUUCACUUUGACGCCACCAUGGAAACCGCACGCGAGUUAAGACAAUAUUAUGGCCGGCAGCUCGACCAUUUCAAAAACGUCAUCAUUGACGAAACGGGGAUUUGGAGUCAUUUGGAUCAAGCUCUAGAGAUCAUGGAACCUUUCCGGAACAUCCAGAUUGUCCAUGUAUGGCUUGAAAGUAAUCGGUACAGCGAAGAGUCACCACCACGCACAAGGGAGGAAUAUCUGGAACGAGCAAGAGAACUGCAAAGAAGGGAUUGGCCAGCACUCAUAGGACGAAACUGGAUCGUGAAUUAUAUAGAUGAUGACGGUCAUAUCUAUGGUGGAUUUCGAGCAAAUCGUACCCUGCCUUGGAGGCCCAGACUCCGACAGCAAUAAAAUCGGUAUUAUGAGAUUUUUGGCAUUGAAAAUGCUUGAGGUCAACGAUGCGGCUGAGCAGGCGGCGGACGAAUCGAGGGCCGAGUCAGCGUGGAGUUGCCUGGAGAAACCGAGGGGAAAACAUCUCUCCACGAGUUGGGCCCAGUGCUGCGGAGGGUGCAGCUGUGUACGGACUAGCCGUCCUGCUCUACCCUCGUUUCUUGGCUUUACCUAUCAAAAGUCCACCACUCACGCUGACAAGCUCUCAGCUUCAUAUUUGUGCCGGGCCGAAAGAAGAAGAUUGCCUUCCGCCUCAGCUAGCACUGAGAUCACAUGCCAAGUCC